UCCUUGUACCCGCCAAAACCCGAGGCAGUCAUAAGAACCCCAGGAGCAGCAGCAACAAGCCCAAAUCACUGAACAAACACAACUGUGCCCAAUGCUGGCAGUUGUAGUGGCGCAUCAGCUGAAGGGCAGCAGACUGGACGAGGAGCCGGAACUUUUAUUCGGAGCCAGAGUCACAACUGGACAAAGCGCCAUCAACAACAACAGUACUUGGCCGGAUGUGAACCUGGAAGGCUGGUGGUCACGUGGCACGGAAUCUGGGCGGAAAUAGAAUAAUCAUGUGUUUUGCGGGCGGAAGUUUUGCUGUCAGUGAAGAAUAGCUGCUGCUGAUCCGGAGAAUUAGUAAGCGGAGUCAUUAUCUGGCUGCUAGAUCAGGACCCACCCAACCAUGGAUAACUCUGGGAAGGAAAAGGAGGCUCUGCAGCUCCUGGCUGAGGCUGACAAGAAGGUGAAGUCAUCCCAGUCAUUCUUUUCAGGGCUCUUUGGUGGUUCCUCAAAAAUGGAAGAAGCAUGUGAACUUUAUGGUCGGGCUGCCAACAUGUUUAAGAUGGCCAAGAACUGGAGUGCUGCUGGCAAUGCCUUCUGCCAGGCUGCCCAGAUCCACCUUCAGGUUCAAAGCAAGCAUGAUGCAGCCACUAACUUUGUGGAUGCUGGAAAUGCAUUCAAGAAAUCUGACCCCCAGGAGGCGAUUAACUGUCUGCUUCGAGCAAUAGAGAUCUACACUGACAUGGGAAGAUUUACCAUUGCCGCCAAACAUCACAUUUCCAUAGCAGAGAUCUACGAGUCAGAGCUGGUUGACAUAGAGAAGGCAAUAGCACAUUAUGAGCAAGCAGCAGACUACUACAAGGGAGAGGAAUCCAACAGUUCAGCCAACAAGUGUUUGUUAAAAGUCGCUACCUAUGCUGCACAGCUGGAGCAAUAUCAGAAAGCUGUUGAAAUUUAUGAGCAGGUUGGUACCAAUGCCAUGGACAGCCCACUUUUGAAAUACAGCGCCAAAGAUUAUUUUUUCAAAGCUGCCCUUUGCCAUUUCUGCAUCGACAUGCUCAAUGCCAAGUUGGCACUCCAGAAAUAUGAGGAAAUGUUCCCAGCUUUCACUGAUUCAAGGGAAUGCAAAUUAGUUAAGAAGCUCCUCGAUGCUCAUGAAGAGCAAAGUGUGGACAGUUACACAGAUGCGGUGAAAGAAUAUGACUCAAUCUCCCGCUUGGACCAGUGGCUGACGACCAUGCUGUUGCGUGUAAAAAAGACCAUCCAGGGAGAAGAGGAGGAUUUACGUUAAUUCUUAAGGAGGGAUGGCUUUCCUCUAGAUGGAACCAACUGGAGGAAUAUGGGGAGGGGGAGGAGGGGCACAGCUUAUAUCCUAUUUACUAUUACUACCCAACUUUCCGGCAAUGCAAGUUCCCACACCCUACCUAUGUGCUGUGCAUUGUGGCCUGCUGUUGAUGCUGUCUGGUUCCAAGCACAGUUGUGGAGUGAUGAAUGAAAGAGUUUUUAAAUCAUGAUCAGCCAGAAUUACAUGUGUAUAAAAGUACAUAUUUUAGCAAUUCACCAAACAUCCACAACUACAUUGCAUGUGUUAGUAUGUAGUGAGUGCCAUAAACGUAUUGGCUGUUAGCUGUACUACAUUAUCUGCUUCCACCCAGAAAGCACUUCGUUCCAGCUGGAACUUUCUGGGGGGUUUGGGAAAAGGCUUAUUUAAAAGCAUUGCAUGGAUUUUAGGAGGUGUGGUGCAAUUUAACCCCUGUUACUAAUAUGACUCAUUGUUUUCUUUUUCAUAGAUUUGUUAAUGAGGGAGUAAAAUGGAAGAGCAUUUUUAACCCUUCUAACUUUCUUAACGCAAUGGCACCAAGAUGAUACAUCUCUGGAGAUUUAAUUCUCUGGGUGGGGGAUAGUGUAAAUAGGAAAUGCGGCAAUAGUUCCUUGUCCUGCAUAGUGACAGGUGUGUAUUGCACUGCAAGGCCUUUGAUUUGUGCCCUGUCGCUAAACAUUUUCCAUUUACACUCAAUGAAGGUUAGAUUUUUCCAUUUCCAAAUUGCUAUAGAGCCAAACGCUGCAAAUCUCCCUGUGUGCCAUUAGCCUUAUUGUGCAGAGUAGUCUCACUUGUGCUGUAUUUUCCAUACUUUCUACUCCCUGUCCUGCUGCUAGAUAUUUUUCUAGUUAUUUGUAUAGUAUGCCUGCACAAUGUUUCUCCUGUUUAAAUUUGAUAGAUAAUUUAAAGUAUCGAUACUGGCAGAAGUUAACACUCUUAGUUUGUGCCACAGAAAACAUUUUUUUUUUAGAACAUAAAUGCUCUGAAAUACAAAAGCUUUACUACCCCAUUAACUACACCUUGACCAAAUGGAUUGGUUUCUGCCUCCUCCUCCCUCCUUUUUAUGGUUUGCAUUAAUUUGAGUAUGAAUCGGUAUAGCUAAUUCUACCAAAACAAAAUUUACUGCAUCUUGGCAAUGCGGGAUGUAUAACUAUAAAUACACUGCUAUUUAUUUAUCUUAAGAGCUUAGAAAAGAUAUGUAUCCAGAGUUAAAAGUUUAUAUCUGUACAAUUGAUCCUUUAUUAAAUAACUAAUUAGCAGUCUUCUCCAACGCUGUAGCAUCUAACUAAUGUCUCCUCUAAGUAGAUUGCAGUAGAAGCUGUCCUGUUAAAUAUUAUUUGCCGCUGCCUUGUGCAUUUACAUCCAACAAAACAUAGGGCUGGUAAAGAAAAUAGCAGAGGUAUCAGGUGACAGCUUUAGAGAGUAAUUUAAUGUUAAAUGAUAGGUUAUUCUUAAUUUGCUACUUAUUGGCACUUUCUACCUUUACAUAUCACUAAAUGUUCUGUCUAGAUUAUUUGUUUUGCCUCCUGAACAGGCUGUAUUUUAGUUAUGUUGUAUCCAAGCCUCUAUUGUAUUGUGAACCAUCUCAUCACACAGCUAAACUGAUAAAUAAAGCGAAUGAGUUAUUAACCA